CGGCUGCGCGGGAGCGGGGGAGGAGCGCGGCGGCCCCGCCGCCGGCGAUGGGGCUGUGCCUCGGCGGGCCCUGCGCUGCUUGCCCGCGGAGGAGGGCUUAGCCGCGCCGCAGCCCACGCCGGCGGGCCGCGCUGCGGGGCCGCCUCCGCGGAUGAGCCGCUGGUGGGAUCCGCCGGCGAGAGCAGCCGCAGGGCGCCGCAGCCGCCGCCUCUUCCCCCGCCGCUCCCCCUCGUCUCAGCCGCUGCCUAUGGCUUCCCGCCACCCUUGCUGACCGGCUGCCCCUCGCCUCCUCCCGCCCCGGACCGGGCCGGGGCCGGGCAGAGAAGAUGGGGAACACCACCUCCUGCUGCGUCUCUUCCAGCCCCAAGCUGCGCAGGAAUGCCCACUCGCGGCUGGAGUCCUACCGACCCGAGGCCGAACUGAGCCGGGAGGACACGGGCUGCAACCUGCAGCACAUCAGCGACCGGGAGAACAUCGACGAUUUGAACAUGGAAUUCAACCCAUCAGAUCAUCCACGGGCCAGUACGAUAUUUCUCAGUAAAUCACAAACAGAUGUGAGAGAAAAACGCAAGAGUCUCUAUAUAAACCACCAUCCUCCUGGGCAGUUGAGAAGGAAGUACAGUUCCUGCUCCACCAUUUUCCUGGAUGACAGCACAGUCAGUCAACCAAACCUCAAGUACACCAUCAAAUGUGUAGCUCUUGCAAUAUAUUACCACAUCAAAAACAGGGACAUAGAUGGAAGAAUGCUCUUAGAUAUUUUUGAUGAAAACCUUCAUCCUCUUUCGAAAUCCGAAGUGCCACCAGACUAUGACAAACAUGACCCGGAGCAGAAACAGAUUUACCGCUUUGUUCGGACGUUGUUCAGUGCUGCUCAACUGACUGCUGAAUGUGCCAUUGUCACCCUGGUAUAUCUUGAAAGACUUUUAACUUAUGCAGAGAUAGAUAUUUGUCCAGCAAACUGGAAGCGAAUUGUGCUGGGUGCAAUUCUCCUAGCAUCCAAAGUUUGGGAUGACCAGGCAGUGUGGAACGUGGAUUACUGCCAGAUCCUGAAAGAUAUCACGGUGGAAGACAUGAAUGAGCUGGAACGCCAGUUUCUUGAGCUGUUGCAGUUCAAUAUUAAUGUUCCUUCCAGUGUUUACGCCAAGUAUUAUUUUGAUUUGCGUUCCCUGGCAGAAGCGAAUAACCUGAGUUUUCCCUUGGAGCCCCUCAGCAGGGACAGGGCAUAUAAACUUGAGGCCAUUUCCCGCUUGUGUGAAGAUAAAUAUAAGGACUUCAGGAAAGCCGCAAAGAAACGGUCAGUCAGUGCUGACAAUCUGACUGUGGUUAGAUGGUCCCCUGCUAUUAUCUCCUAACAGAGGAGACUGGAAUAUUCCUAUGGACGUACUGUUUCAUC